GCUUUUCACAGUACCAAGUUAUGGAUCUUGAAAAGAAAGAAUUACUCGAGAAGAUCUCGAAACUCGAGCUCGAAAACUCUGGCUUAAGGAAAAGACUCGAAGCAUUUGAAAGUCCCUUGUCAGCAGACUCAUCGAAGUUGCAGCACACUAAAAUUGAUGAAGAUUUCACCCUUGAUGAAUAUAAACGAUACGGGAGACAAAUGAUUGUUCCUUCCUUCGGAUCUCGCGAUGGUCAAGUGCGCUUGAAGCACUCUAAGGUGCUAGUUAUUGGAGCUGGUGGUUUGGGAUGUCCCGCCUUACUCUACCUUUCAGCAGCUGGGGUUGGUAAGAUUGGUAUCAUAGAUGAUGACGUUGUUGAUACUAGUAAUUUGCAUAGACAGGUUCUACAUACUACUGACUCGGUGGGGAUCCACAAAUGUGAAUCUGCUAAAAGAUACAUAUCUCGUUUAAACCCACAUGUUCAAGUAGAAACCUAUCCAUACCGUUUAACAAACUCUAACGCUUUUGACAUAAUCAAUAAGUACGAUGUUAUCAUGGAUUGUACAGACACCCCUGCGACUCGUUAUUUGAUAAACGAUGUCUCUGUGCUUUGUUCCAAGCCGAUAGUCAGUGCAUCAGGCUUAAAAACCGAAGGUCAACUCACCAUAUUGAAUUUCAAAAAUAUGGGACCAUGUUAUAGAUGCUUUUAUCCUAAACCUCCUAAACCAGAAACGGUCACAACAUGUACAGACGGGGGUGUUAUCGGUCCCGCAAUUGGGCUUAUGGGUAUUACCAUGGCAUUGGAAGCCAUAAAGUUGAUUACCGGUUACUAUACAAAAGAAAACUUCAAGCCAUUCUUAGCUCAGUAUUCAGGCUAUCCACAACAAACCUUAAGAGUGUUCAAAAUGAGAAAUAAACAGCAUGAUUGCGCCAUUUGUAGUCCAUCGGCUACUAUUACAAAGGAAAUUAUAACCAAUAAUGAGAUUGAUUAUGCAUCUUUCUGUGGAAAAGUGAACACUAAUAUCUUAGAUUCAAAGUACAGAGUUUCAGUGAGAGAUUUCCACGAAAAUAAUAAUCCUAAGAGUGUUUUACUCGACGUCAGACCACCAGAACAAUUUCAAAUAACCAAAUUGCCAAAUUCGAUCAAUAUCUCUUGGGAUCCAAUCUUGACGAAAGCAGAUAAUAUCGAUGAAUAUUUCCCAGCUGAUUUUGACAAAUCAAAGGAUGAAGUUUAUGUACUUUGUCGGUACGGAAAUGAUUCCCAAUUAGCCGCUAAAAAGCUUAUAGAAGAGCUUGGAAUAAGAAAUGUUAAAGAUAUCAAAGGUGGUAUCAACAAGUGGAGUGAAGAAAUUGAUUCUAAAAUACCCAAAUACUAAUUUACGUUACAUAUAGAUAUACAAACUAAUUUACACUAAUGAGACACGAGAAAAGACUAUAUAGUUUAAGUAGAAGGAUCUAAUCUCUCAACUAAUAACAACCCACUUAUGGUUGACAUAGCAUACAUAGAACUACCUUCUAGAUCUUCACACCACGAAAUCGAAGAUAUGUUUAAUUCGGGAUCAGCAGUUGAUACCUUGACUAUGGGCUUUUCUGCAACUGUACUAACAUAAU